UCGAAGGUGAUGAAACCUUCCCGCUGGUUAUCCUGAUUAUGUUUGGUCUGUGUUAUUGUUGUUGACGGUUGGGUCUUCGUCUGGUGACUUCAACGUCGAAUUUCCCCUCGAAUCCACCAGUUAUGCCCGUUGAGGUUUGAAAGGAUGGAAGUGAACAUACCCGAGAAGGUGCUCAAGUACGAGACCUUCCUCAACGACGUCUUAAAAGAGGAGCUGAAAAAGAUCCACACCAGGUUGGACGUUCUGCAGACCGAGGCUGCCGACCUGGUCCAGCUAAAGUGCUACAUCGAGACGCUCAAAGACGCCGAGCUGACGGAAGAGCCGCUCAAGAGCCAGGUGGACAUCGGAUGCGGUUUCUUCCUCCAGGCAAACAUAGAUGACCCAAAGAAAAUCCUGGUCGAACUCGGCUGCGGAUACUACGUCGAGUUCAGUCUCGACGAGGCGUUGGUGAACAUUCGCAGCAGACUCGACUUGCUCGACAAGCAGACCCAAGUGUACAGGGGCCAGAGUGCCAACACCAAGGCGCACAUUAAAAUGGUUCUCCUUGGUUUAAUGGAGCUACAGAAUCUAAAAUGAUGUCUUUCUUUUUUGUUGUUAUUAAAUAAAUUUCUUUAUUAAAUA